CCUUUGGGGAUUCCGAACAUCGACCACCAGCAACGCCCAGGCUGCUGCCUCUACACCCAGAAACCGUCCAGUCUCCCCAUCAACCAGUCGUGUCGUUCAUCAAACGACGCGAGUUUAGAUGCGGAUGACAGGCCGGUAGCACAUUCAACGCCACCCGCUGCAUCUCCGAGGGCCAAACUCCACGACGGUCGAUUCGAAGCUCCGCGUUUCGACAGGCGCUUGCGCGAGCUGAAUCGCCACGCCUACCCCGUCCAUCCCUCACGUUGCGUAUUCUUCUUCAUACUCGAAGAUACGAUACGCGUCAUCUUCUCCCGACCUUCCCCUUAUACCCCUGGACCACGCUAGUCUCCCGACAAGAUGGUUACCUUCGCCCUGCCCGUGGACGAUCACGUCCCCAACGGUGCGAGCGGCACGCCCCGAUCUCGCCCACCUCUGCCCUUUGCGAAGCGCAACUUUACCGCAUCUCCCUAUGGCGGCAGCCCCGCUAAGCGCAACGGCACCCCUCACAGCUCGUCAUCGCGAAAGCUAUUGACAACACGCGAUGAAGUUCCGUCGAGCGGCUUAAACAACAGCUCAAUCGCUGCGGCGCGGAACAUCUUCCGGUCCUCCACGUUCACGGAUAGCCCUCCCGUGACUGCCUUCUCCCCGAAGCUGCCGCAGAGCAUGAUGAAGAAGGUCUUUGCGCCAGGCGCGACUCCCGAGCCGUCUCGCGUUUAUCGAGAGUCCACCGUCCAGGCUACCCCACGUGGUAUGGCGUCUAGAGCGACGGACAAGGAACUUUUUCCGAUGCGCAUCUCAUCACCCCCUCCCGAGCUUACGGGCGAAAUUCUCACGCAGAAAAUCCCUAAAGAUUGGAAUGCUAAGGGCUCCAUCUAUGCGGAUCAAUUUCUCGCACACCUUUGCCCCUCCGGUCUUGACGAAGAGCAGCGCCGACAGUUCUUCUGCAUUCUCGAUCUUCGACGCCUCAAAUAUGCCGCCAACGAGAUUUUCUCCAAGAAAGAUUGGAAGCUGAACGUGAUGAACUUCGCCAAAGAGUUUGAGAAGAGUCGUAGCAUCAUCCUCCUGCGAUACGGCCUGUACGAAUUUCAGAACGUCAAGCCCUCCAAGGAGGUUCUCAAGAGAUGGCGACGCGAGCAUGGCCUACCCGAGCCCGAAGACGAGGCGGUCGAGCCCACACCCUCGAAGUUCUCCUCGAAGAAGCGCAAGGCCGAUGACGAGCUCUCCAAGCAGUCUGCCACUGCAGACGAUGCAGCCGUCAAAGGUAAGCGCAGAGCCGUGGCCCAAGAGGAAGACGAGGAGCCCGUGGUUGCCACUCCUGCUCCCAGCAAGAACAAGCGAAAAGCGUCUGUAAGUGAAGAGCAACCCGCCAAGAUACAAAAGGCCACGCCGUCCUCGGCAAAGACUCUUUUCGAGAAGAUUGCGAAUAAGCCCGCCACGCCUGUUCAGGCGCCUGAUGGCACGGGCAGCGCCAAAUCGAACCCUUUCACCUCCAACAGGUCUAGCGCCAAUAGCCUCGCUCGAUCCGUUUUCACGAACUCAAAGCCUUCCGCACAAGCUGCGGCGUCUGGCGGUAACAUUUUUGGCUACCUGUCGGAUGCGAGCUCGGCCAAGAACAGCGGUGUCGAAGCUGACGCGGAGAGCGAGAGCGAGACGGGCUCCGACGAGGGAGAGAGCCCCGAGGCCAUCCAGAGUGAUGAGCCGAGCGUUGCGGCUAGUGGUUCUGGCGAGACUGGCUCGCAGACUGGAUCCAACAUUUUCGGACAGAAACCGGCACCGACCAGUGGCCUCGUCAUGGGUGCUUCCAGCGAUGCUGGUACUCGAGAGAGCACGCCUGGACGAAGUUUGUUUGACCGCAUCUCCAAGGACAGCGAUGGCAACCCCCUCCGAGCUGAGGAGAAGGCCGACACCGCUGCAGCGCCUGCACCUGUCGAUCAGACGUGGAAUCCGAGCUCGACACCGAUCAAGUUCGCGCCGUCUACCCAGAAGACCGGGCUAUUUGGUGGCACAUCGGCAUCCACGAGCACCACCUUCGCGCCCAAGGGUCCUGCCACCAACAUGUUUGGUUCUGCCAAGCAAGACACGUCUUCGGCGAAGGAAUCCUCGGUAGGGACUAGUGCAGACGAGGGGGCUAAGGAUGGAGGAGAGUCUGACAAGGAGAAUGAGACACAGCCGCCGAAGAAGGCGCUGUUUGAAGCCAAGGCUCCGACACCCGCGGCUCAGCAAAGUUUUGCCCCGUCCUUUUUCCAGCAGAAACCAGCCGCGCCCGACGCCCCAAAGCAAGCAGAUGCGCCUAAACAAGCCCCCAGCCUGUUCGGCGCCGCCACGCCUAAGGCCGAUGGCCAAGCUCAGGCUCCUGCCACUGGCAACCUUUUUGGUACGUUGAACAAGGCAACUGAAACCGCCGCAGCGACACCUGCCACACAGCCGACCUCGUUGUUUGUAACAGAGCCGGCGGAGUCGGAGAAGCCUGUAGGGUCUGCAGAGGCGCCGAAAUCGACGCCUCUGUUUGGUGGCCAGAGUAUUGCGUCCCCAUUCGGUGGUGCUGGCGCGGCUGGCCCCUUGUUUGGAUCCAAGCCUGCGACGUCCCCGGGCAGCGCACCCGGCAGCGGCGCAUCGACUCCGUCGGCUCCUCUCUUCGGCGGUGCCUCUGUCACGUUUGGCGGCACCUCGAUGGCUCCGGCAAAGACUGACAGUACGCCAGCAGCACCCGCAGCUGCCGCGCAGCCCACCUUUCCCUUCGGUAGCUUGGCGGAGAAGCCCUCGGACACGGCCCAGAAACCGCUCUUUGGAGGAACCAAGUCUCCCCCAGCUGCCCCCAGCGGCAACGGCAUGUUUGAUGGCAGCCCGAUGAAGCAGGAUGAGCCGUCGCCUGCCAAGAAGUCAUUGGCGGGCGGCAGCAACACCGGAACGUCGACUCCAUUGUUCAGCUUUGCGGCUCCGCAACCGGCCUCCAGUGCUUCUGCUUCAACCACCAACGCUUUCGGCGCUGCAUCUGCUCCCGCCGCGAACAAUGCGAGCGGCUCUGGCAAUAUGUUUGGGGGAACCGGGUCUGCGGGUAACGGAGGUCCUGGCGGCUUUAACUUUGCCUUUGGCGGAAGCGGCUCGUCUGGGACACCCUUCAAUAACCCAUUUGCCGGCAACUCCAACCCUGGGAGCGGAACACCUACUGGGGGAUCCUUUGGUCUCGCCGGAGCCUCCGGGCCAGCCAGCGGUUCGUCCACACCGUUCCAGUUUGGAGGCGCUGCGUCCAGCAGCGCGACACCCGCUGCUGCUGGUGGAUCUCUGUUUGGCGCAAGCCAGCCUGGCAAUGGCACAACUUCGACGUUUGGGGUGGGCGCGUCCUCUGGUGGUGCUCCGGCCUUUAGCUUCUCUGGUGCCCCGUCGCAGCCAGCGCAAGGAACUGGUUCCAUGUUCGGGUCCAAACCAGCUGCUCCUGUGUUCGCCGGUCUCCAGCCACCUGCGGGUGGUUCAUCCACCACCGGGACCAACUCUCCCCUGAAUCUUGGCGGCGGCUCGAGUUUGGCAACUACACCCGCUGCGGGCACCCCGGAACCAGCGAACCAGGCCGACGGAGCCAAUGGCGAGGACCAUGAAGAAGGCGAAAAGCAUGAGCAAAUCAACCUUACGGAUGGCGUGGAUGAGAACGAGGAGAUCCUCCACGAUGUUCGGGCCAAGGUGCUCAAGUUUGCGCCCGCGAGCGACAAGUCGGACAGCGAUGACAAGGCGAAGUCCAAAAGCCCCUGGUCGACCAAGGGAGUCGGCCCUCUGCGACUUCUGAAGGACAAAGAGUCGGGCAACGUGCGUCUACUCCUUCGUGCCGAGCCUCGAGGCCAUGUGGCGUUGAAUCGAGCAUUGCUGCCCAAUAUGUCGUACAAGUCGGAGGAAAAGUACGUCAAGAUUACGACGUCGAACGAGAAGGGGGACGGACUCGAAACGUGGAUGAUCCAGGUCAAGACAAAGGACUCAGCCAAGGAGCUGGCUGAGGUGCUGGAGAAGAACAAGGAGGCGAACAAGAAGUGAUGAUGGCUUCAAGGGAAUUAGAGGCCAGGCAUGGAUGGGAUGGGUGGAACAGGACAGAGGCAACGGACAAGAUCGAACCAGGAGCAUCACAGGCGUUUCACGAGGAGCAUCGUAGGCAGUAUUUGCUGAACAACGAAAAGAGGAUUUUUUUGGUGGCAACGGCAGUUGACACGGCACAGCUACUCCCGUCUGGUGUUCGGCUUGAGGCAUGUCGGUUACAGCACUUUCGUAGUUGCAAGAGGAGCUCGAUUGCGCAGCUGGAGGAAGGGGAUUAGUAGAAGAGGCUGAGAGUGGCUUAAUGUCCAUCGUAGCCAAGCAAAAAGCA